AUGAAAAGACUCAACGAGGAGUCUCGCUUUAUCGCCGUACUGAAGACCAUCCGUUCGAAGUUCUCACGCCAUACGUGCGAGAAAGUUGGCGAACUGAAGAAGAAGGGAGAUCCGAUGUGGACGGUUGAUGAAUUAUUGGCAGCCCUUGAUGAUCACCUACGUGCGGAUGUGGCAGAGCUCACCAUCCUGCCCUCUGCAUUGAUAGACCACGAGCGUCUUGUUACAGGCCAUCGACAUCUACCUAUUACCAUGUACCGCCUAGACGCGUCCAGUUCGAGGAAGAAGCGUGUAACUGUUGUCGGGUACAACACAGUUCACGCACACCUUCGCCGAGUGUAA